GGGGGGGGGGCGGGAAGGAAAAAGUUCAACUUGAAGAAGGAGGAUGAUGCAGUAAGAGCUGGAAACAGGUGACUGAAGUGGAGACUGACAUUCCAGAGGCCUGCUAGGAGGCACCACAUCUUCUUCAUAUCCCUGCUAUCAUACCACAGCUCUCUGUAGCAUCCCUAACACAGUGAAAAGCGCACUACCUGCCAACCCGGCAUGGAUCUGAAGGAUCAUAGACACCGCUCCUUGACUGGGGGACACUGCACUAAGGACCCGCAGUACAACACCUCCUCCCUGGAUGCAGACGAGUGUCGUGUACCCACCCAGAAAUCCUACAGCUCCAGUGACACCCUGAAGGCAUUUGAUCAUGAGCAGAGGCUGCACUAUGGUGGCUGUGUCACUGAUCUGGUUCACCACGAGGCUGAUGAGUACUCCAGGCAAGGAGGCAACUUCACGCUGGCCGAGCUGGGGGUGUGUGAGUCAACUCCCCCUCCUCACCCCACCGCCGUGCCCUACUGCCCGGACCUCAGCCUCCUUCAGAGGGGCUACUCCCUCAGCGCUGGCUCUGACGCCGACUCAGACCCGGAUGGGCCGCUGUCUCCAGAGAGAGCCAUCCAGCUGUGGACCAGCCGAGGCGGUGUGAAGUCUCGCCGAAGCUCAGGAGUGUCCAGCCGUGAGAACUCGGCCCUUACCCUCACCGACUCUGAGAAUGACAGCAAGUCUGAUGAUGAGACAGGUCGCCCACUCCCUCCAACCUCUUCCUCCUCCCUGCUCCCACCGUCCCUUCCUUCCUCCUCCUCUGCCCCUCAUCACCCCUCCCCAGGACCAUCUCCACCGAUCAGGGAAUGCCAGGUGCCCCUGCUGGAGAAAAACUCCACCCACUCUCACCUGGAGCCCCAUGCAGAUGACUCAUACUUGCUCCGGGCCCAGCCGUCCUCCACGGGGGCUGCCAAUCACCACAGCCAGUCCACGCUAAGGCCUCCACUGCCCCCUCCGCACAACCACCAUACGCUCUCCCACCAGUCUGCCAACAGCCUGAACAGAAACACCUUGAGAGGUGGCCGCAAUCCCAUUCAUGCUCCUGCCCCGGGCACCGGAGAUGGACCAACCACACCUGAAUCAGUCCAACUACAAGACAGUUGGGUGCUCAAUAGUAAUGUCCCACUGGAGACCAGGCACUUCUUGUUCAAGACGUCAUCGGGUACCACUCCACUCUUCAGCAGCUCCUCCCCCGGUUACCCUUUGACCUCCGGAACGGUGUAUUCUCCACCGCCUCGCCUGUUACCCAGAAAUACCUUCUCCCGUUCAGCCUUCAAGCUAAAGAAGCCGUCCAAGUACUGCAGCUGGAAAUGUGCCGCGGUGACCGCCAUUGCAGCAGCCGCCCUCCUGGCCAUCCUGCUGUCCUACUUCAUAGCGAUCAACUUGCUGGGUUUGACGUGGCAGCUGAAGCCAUCCGAAGGCCCCGUGCUCAACAACGGACUUGGAACCGGCUUGCCUGUCAACAGUGAUGUGGCCACGCUGCCCUCUGGAGGCAGAGGUCCGUGGGCAGGCCGUAACAGCAGUAUAGACACGGGCAACAUUGAUGUUGGUAGGCGCGUGACUCAAGAAGUCCCUCCAGGAGUAUUUUGGAGGUUCCUGCUGCAUCUCGGCCAACCCCAAUUUCUGAAGUUCAACAUCUCCCUGGGCAAGGACGCACUGUUCGGAGUGUACAUUCGCAAAGGCCUGCCUCCCUCACAUGCACAGUACGACUACAUGGAGCGUCUGGAUGGGAAGGAGAAGUGGAGUGUGGUGGAGUCUCCAAGGGAAAGGAGGAGCAUCCAAACAGUGGUCCUUAAUGAGGCAGUAUUUGUCCAGUACCUGGAUGCUGGUGCUUGGCACCUGGCCUUCUACAAUGAUGGUCGAGAUAGGGAGAUUGUUUCAUUCAGCACAAAUGUCAUGGAUUCAGUGCAAGAGUGCCCGCGCAAUUGCCAUGGUAACGGAGAGUGCAAUUCGGGUGUGUGCCAUUGCUUCCCAGGGUUCCACGGCAUGGACUGCUCAAAAGCGGCUUGCCCAGUGCUGUGCAGCGGCAAUGGCCAAUACGACAAAGGUUCCUGCGUGUGUUACAGUGGCUGGAAGGGACCUGAGUGCGACAUCCCUGUCACACAAUGCAUCGAUCCUCUCUGCAGUGGCCACGGAACCUGCACGGACGGCAACUGCGUGUGCUCCAUCGGUUACAAAGGGCAGAACUGUGCUGAGGUGGAUUGCUUGGAUCCAACGUGCUCCAACAAUGGCAUCUGUGUGAAUGGGGAGUGUCACUGUAAGCCAGGCUGGGGAGGGCUCCACUGCGAGCUGCCAAGGGCCCAAUGCCCAGACCAGUGCCAUGGCCAUGGGGCUUUCAUCCCAGACACCGGCCUGUGCAGCUGUGACCCCAACUGGAUGGGACCCGACUGUUCGAUGGAGGUGUGCUCUGUUGACUGUGGGACUCAUGGCGUGUGCAUGGGCGGGGCUUGUCGCUGUGAGGAGGGCUGGACAGGUGCAGGAUGCGACCAAAGAGUGUGCAACCCGCUGUGCAUCAAACAUGGAACGUGCAAAGAUGGAAAGUGCCAGUGUCACCAAGGCUGGAAUGGGGAGCACUGCACCAUCGACCAUGGGAGCAUGGUUGACAAAGCAGAUGGCUGUCCUAACUUGUGCAAUGGGAAUGGCCAGUGUACCAUGGGACAGCAGAGUUGGCACUGUGAAUGCCAGACAGGCUGGAGAGGACCUGGAUGCAGCGUUGCCAUGGAGACCUCCUGCGCUGACAACAAGGACAAUGAAGGAGACGGACUAACAGACUGCAUGGACCCCGACUGCUGCAUUCAGAGUCCUUGUCAGAACAGCCCGCUAUGUCGGGGCUCUCGGGACCCUCUGCAAGUCAUCCAGCAGGGCCCGAUGGCCCAGCCACGUGUUCGUUCCUUCUACGACCGAGUCAAGAUGCUUGUGGGACGGGACAGCACCCACAUUAUUCCCGGAGAAAACCCAUUCAACAGCAGUUUGUCUUCUCUAAUCCGAGGUCAGGUGUUGACGACAGAUGGAACCCCUCUGGUGGGGGUGAACGUGUCUUUUGUCAACUACCCGCACUACGGAUACACGCUGACACGGCAGGAUGGAAUGUUUGACCUGAUAGCUAACGGUGGUGCGUCUCUGACUCUGCGCUUUGAACGCGCCCCCUUCCUAAGCCAGGAGCGCACCGUGUGGCUGCCCUGGAGCCAGUUUUAUGCUAUGGACACUCUGGUGCUUAAAACAGAAGAGAACACGAUCCCUGGCUGUGACCUGAGUGGCUUCGUCAGGCCCGACCCCCUUGUGAUUGCAUCCCCUCUCUCCUCCUUCUUCAGCUCCAAGCCAGGGGAGAAACCCAUCAUACCGGAGACACAGGUCCUGCACGAGCAGAUCGAGGUUCCUGGCACGAGUCUGAAGCUGUGCCAUCUAAGCUCCAGGACACAGGGUUACCGCUCCCUGCUCAAGGUUACCAUGACUCCAGCCGUGGUGUCCAUGGGCCUCCUGAAGGUUCACCUGAUGGUCGCCGUAGAGGGACACCUCUUCCAGAAGUGGUUCCACGCCUCACCCAAUUUGGCGUACACCUACAUCUGGGAUAAAACCGAUGCGUAUGGACAAAAGGUCUACGGGCUUUCCGAGGCUGUUGUGUCAGUGGGUUACGAGUAUGAGUCCUGUGCCAGUCUCAUUCUGUGGGAGAAGAGGACGGCACUCCUUCAAGGCUAUGAGCUGGAUCCGACCAAUUUGGGCGGAUGGUCCUUCAACAAGCAUCAUAUACUCAACACACGCAGUGGCAUCCUUCACAAGGGAAACGGGGAGAACAUCUUUGUGACGGAGCAGCCCCCAGUAAUCACCAGCAUUAUGGGAAAUGGACGGAGGCGCAGUAUUUCCUGCCCCAGUUGUAACGGCCUUGCAGAUGGCAACAAGCUGUUGGCACCUGUUGCCCUUGCAAUGGGCAUUGAUGGCAGCCUCUAUGUGGGAGACCUCAACUUUGUGCGCAGGGUUUACCCUUCUCUGAAUACCACGGGCAUCCUGGAAUUAAGAAACAAAGAUUUCAGACACAGUAAUAACCCAACUCAUAAGUACUUCCUGGCUGUGGAUCCAGUAUCUGGUGCAUUGUUCAUUUCCGACACCAACUCCCGUCGUAUUUACCGUGUUCGUUCUUUAACGGGCAGCCGACUGAUGCCAGAAAAUGCUGAGGUGGUGGCUGGCACCGGGGAACAGUGUUUGCCUUUUGAUGAACGCUGUGGAGAUGGUGGGAAAGCCACCGAAGCUACACUUAUGAGCCCAAAAGGUAUCGCCGUGGAUAAAAAUGGACUGAUGUACUUUGUGGAUGCCACCAUGAUCCGUAAGGUGGAUCAGAAUGGCAUCAUCUCCACUCUGCUGGGGGCCAACGAUCUGACUGCCGUACGGCCACUGAGUUGUGACACCAGCAUGGACGUCAGCCAGGUGCGUCUUGAGUGGCCCACGGAUUUGGCUGUGAACCUGGACAACUCUCUCUAUGUUCUGGAAAACAAUGUCAUCCUACGGAUCACUGAGACCACCAGGUCUGUGAGCAUCAUAGCGGGUCGGCCGAUGCACUGUCAAGUUCCAGGCAUCGACUACAGCCUCAGUAAGUUGGCUAUCCAUGCCGCGCUCGAAAGCGCCACAGCCAUCGCUCUGUCCCACACCGGCAUCCUCUACAUCGCUGAAACAGACGAGAAAAAAAUCAACAGAGUCAGACAGGUGAGCACAAAUGGAGAAAUAUCGCUCCUUGCAGGUGCUGCUUCAGAUUGUGAUUGCAAGAAUGACGUCAACUGCAAUUGCUUCUACGGUGAUGAUGGCUACGCCCCCGAUGCCGGCUUGAACUCCCCCACGUCCUUGGCUGUAUCCCCAGAUGGAACUCUCUUUAUUGCAGACCUAAAUAACAUACGCAUCAGAGCCGUGCGAGCCAAUCGGCCUGGUCCCGCCAUCUCAAGCAUAGGGUUUGGUGGGCCUGGGGCAGCCCAGUAUGAGGUUGCGUCACCAAGGGAGCAGGAGCUGUAUGUCUUUAACGGUGAAGGGCUUCACAUCCAAACAAUUAGCCUUGUGACUGGCGAGCCGCUUUACAACUUUACCUACGGCGCUGAUGGAGAGCUGGCUAUGCUGGUGGACAAUUGCAACAAUACAGUCAAGGUGAGAAGGGACAGCCUGGGCCAAGGAGGAGGAGCUGGCCUGUUUAGGCUGGUACUACUCCCAGAGAAUCAAGUCGUGACCUUGGGGCUCGACCCCACUGGUGGGUUACGUAGCAUAUCAACCAUGGGUCAGGAGGUGGCUCUGAUGGGCUACAGCGGCAGCACAGGCCUCCUAGCUACCAAAGCAGAUGAGACUGGAUGGACCACCUUCUACCAAUAUGACAGUGAGGGUCGCCUGACCAACGUGACAUACCCCACGGGCAUGGUGACCAGUCUGCACCGAGAAAUUGAGCGGUCCAUCAACAUCGACAUUGAGAGUUCCAACAGAGAUGAUGAUGUCACCGUCAUCACCAACCUGUCCUCGGUUGAAGCCUCAUACACCGUAGUGCAAGACCAGGUGAGGAACAGCUACCAGCUGUGUAACAAUGGCACCCUGAGGGUGAUGUAUGCCAAUGGAAUGGGUAUUAGCUUCCACACAGAGCCCCACAUCCUGGCAGGUUCAGUCAGCCCUACGAUUGGUCGUAGGAACAUCACACUGCCUACCGACAAUGGCCUCAACUCCAUUGAGUGGCGUCUGCGAAAGGAGCAGACAAAGGGCAAGAUCACAGUGUUUGGCAGGAAACUAAGGGCCCACGGACGCAACCUCCUCUCCAUUGAUUUUGACCGCAACACGCGCACGGAAAAGAUUUAUGAUGAUCACCGCAAGUUCAUGCUGCGCAUCAUGUACGAUGCUCAGGGACGACCAGCUAUGUGGUUACCUAGUAGCAGCUUGGCAGUGGUCAACGUGUCCUAUUCUGCCACCGGACAGCUUGUGGGACUGCAGAGGGGGAGCAUGAGCGAGAGGACAGAGUUUGACCCUCAGGGACGGAUCUUGUCUCGUUCUUUUGUGGAUGGGAAGGUGUGGAGCUACAGUUAUCUUGACAAAUCCAUGGUGCUACUCUUGCAGAGUCAAAGACAGUACAUCUUUGAGUUUGAUGCCUCCAGUCGGGUCACAGCUGUCACCAUGCCCAGUGUGGCCCGCCACACAAUGUUCACACAUGUCUCAGUCGGUUACAUCCGUAACACCUACAACCCCCCAGAGAGCAAUGCCUCCAUCAUCCACGACUUCAGUGAGGACGGCCGGCCCCAGGCCACAUAUUUCCUAGGCACUGGUCGCCGUGUCCUCUACAAGUAUGGCAAGUUGGCCAAGUUGUCAGAGAUUGUGUACGACAGCACUGCUGUCACGUUUGGCUAUGACGAGACAGCCGGGGUGCUGAAGAUGGUCAAUCUGCAGAGCGGAGUCUUCUCAUGCACCAUCCGCUAUCGAAAAAUGGGCCCACUUAUCGACAAGCAGAUCUACCGCUUCAGUGAGGAAGGAAUGGUCAAUGCGAGAUUCGACUACACCUACCAUGACAACAGCUUCCGCAUUGCCAGCAUGAAGCCAGUUAUCAGUGAGACACUAUUGCCUGUUGACCUCUACAGAUAUGAUGAGAUCUCUGGCAAGGUGGAGCACUUUGGAAAGUUUGGAGUCAUUUACUACGAGAUUAAUCAGAUCAUCACCACUGCCGUUAUGACGCUGAGUAAGCAUUUCGACACCCAUGGUCGCAUCAAGGAGGUCCAAUAUGAGAUCUUCCGUUCACUUAUGUACUGGAUGACAGUGCAGUAUGACAGCAUGGGGCGGGUGGUGAAGAGAGAGCUCAAAAUUGGGCCCUACGCCAACACUACUCAGUACCGCUAUGAUUAUGAUGGAGAUGGACAGCUCAGCGGUGUCAAGGUGAAUGACUGGUCUACCUGGCGCUAUAGCUAUGACCUGAAUGGGAACCUCCACCUGCUGAAUCCUGGGAACAGCGCCCGGAUUAUGCCACUUCGCUAUGACCUUCGAGAUCGUAUUACACGUCUGGGAGAUGUCCAGUACCGCCUGGAUGAAGAUGGCUUCCUCAGCCAGAGAGGAUCUGAUGUUUUUGACUAUAACUCUAAAGGUCAGUUAUUGCGGGCCUACAAUCGAGGGCCCGGUGGUUGGAGCGUUGUCUAUCAUUACGACGGCCUGGGCCGCAGGGUGUCCACGAGGAACAGUCUGGGACAACACCUUCAGUUCUUCUAUGCUGACCUCAACCACCCAACCAGAGUCACACACAUUUUCAACCACUCCAGCUCAGACAUCUCCUCUCUCUACUAUGACUUACAGGGUCAUCUGUUUGCUAUGGAGGUGAGCAGUGGAGAGGAAUACUACAUAGCUUCUGACAACACUGGCACACCACUGGCCGUCUUCAGCAGCAAUGGACAGAUGAUCAAACAGGUGCAGUACACAGCCUAUGGGGAGGUAUAUCUGGACUCUAACCCAGAGUUCCAGUUAGUGGUUGGAUUCCAUGGAGGUCUUUAUGACCCUUUAACUAAACUGGUCCACUUCACUCAGCGGGACUAUGAUGUCUUAGCUGGCCGUUGGACCUCGCCUGACUACACCAUCUGGCCGAAGAUUGGGAAAGAUCCUUCUCCAUUUAAUCUGUACAUGUUCAAGAACAACAAUCCCCUGAGUGAUAUGUUGGAUGUCAAAAACUAUGUCACAGAUGUGAAGAGCUGGCUGGUGAUGUUUGGCUUCCAGCUCAGUAACAUCAUCCCAGGGUUCCCUCGACAUUCUCUCUACUUUGUCGAACCGCCGUACGAGCUGCACGCCACUCAGCACUGUGAGAAUGGACAGCUUAUCACUGGAGUGCAGCAAGCUGCAGAGCGACACAACCAGGCCUUCAUGGCCCUGGAGGGUCGCCUACUCAACAAGGAGCGCCGCAGACGCAAAGAUAAGCUCGGCCACUGGUUUGGGACCACCACACCCAUCAUAGGUCGUGGAGUAAUGCUGGCGCUGAAGGAAGGUCAAGUGGUGGCUGGCGUGUCGGCUUUAGCUACUGACGAUAGCCGUAAGGUGGCUUUGGUUCUCAAUGGUGCUCAGUAUCUUGAAGGCACGCACUACACCCAGGAAGGAAAGGACUGUCACUUUUUUGUGAAAGUAGGCUCCGCUGACAGCGACCUGUUGGCCCUGGGGCUUACAAACGGGCGCAAGGCACUGGAGAGUGGCAUCAAUGUGACUGUGAGCGGACGCUCCAGGAGAGGGGUGACUGUGGAGUUUGCAGUUCCAUCGUUAGUACUCAGCAUCCGCUACGGGCUAGCUGUAGACGUGGUGGAUGAAGAGAAGGUAAGACUGCUGGAACUGGCUAGGCAGAGGGCCUUAGCUGCAGCCUGGGCAAAGGAGCAGCAGAGGGCAAGGGAUGGCAAAGGGGGAAGUCGCCUGUGGACGGAGGGGGAAAGGGAGCAGCUUCUAACAACAGGUAAAGUACAAGGCUACGAUGGCUACUACGUGCUGCCGGUGGAGCAGUAUCCAGAACUGGCCGACAGCAGCAACAACAUCCAGUUCCUCAGACAGAACGAGAUGGGCAAGAGGUAACAGCCCACCUGAACUCGAGUCCCCUUCUCCCUCUUUCACUAAAUCCUGCUAUUUUUCCCCCCAGCCUCCUCGAGCCCACUCCCUUUCAAAACCCGCGGAGAACUAACUAACAAAUGGGGUUACUCAUGGAACGCUGCAGGGACUUUUGAAAAGAACGACUUAUCAGCAAACAUAUUAAUUUAACUGCCACAGGCAAAAAAUAAAAAAGUUGGGACUUUUAUUUUGAAAAACCGAACAACUGAAAAAGCACUGACGAACUUUGAGAAUUGUUGCUUAAUUAAUAAGAUUCCCCUUUUUAAAAAAACAAGAUAUUGAUAUUUUCACUUAUAUUUUUUGGGUCACACUGAGAGAGGCUAUGACAGCUACUGAACACACGGUGGGGCUGUACUGUGCUGCGGCGAAGGCUUGUCUGUCUCUUGUAUAGACGCUGAAGGCAAAGGGACCAAAGAGGAGACAAAGCCACUCCAGAGCACAGCCACGGCAACUACAGAUCAAAGGAGGACAUCACAAACAUGGUCGUCCACUCCCACCAGACAUCUCCCUGUCUCAGGCCUCCCAUUGUCCACCAUGGACAUGUCCUGUGCCGCUUUGUCAGCAUACAUCCACCCAAGCCACACAUAACGCGUCCGGCAACAAAUCCAAGCUGUUAAUAGACUAAAAAUACAAGCUUUUUCAGAAAAAAAGGAGAAAUUAAAAAAAAAAAAUACACAAUGGCUAUAUUUGUGGACAGUUGUGUCACGCAGCAUUGUUUAUUUUAAAACUGGAUGAAAAUCAUGUUACUACAUACGUGUCCGACUACACUAAAUUUCAGGAUGUUGCAUAUACUGUAGAUGCCGUAGUUUUGUACGUUUCAGUCGCAGUAGAAUCGUGAGACUUUCACCAAGGCACUUCUGUACAGAACGAUGGAACACGAC